UGAAAGGUUAGAGGCGGGGAUGGCCAAGAUGGCUACCUCCAUGUUGCAGCAGGGGGAAGACGCUUUUAGAAAGUUGUUUAAAUUCUAUAGAAGAAAAAACCCACCUCCUGAUUUCAGUGAUGUCAUAGAUUUUUCUAACCCUGGCAAUCAUUCUGGAAAAGUGUUCAACUGUGAUCUAAAUGCAGCACUAUUAAGUGAUGGAGACGCCUGUAGAGCUGGUCUUCAUCCUGUCUGCAAAUGGAAGGCAUUUGGUCUUGAUGGCUACCCAGGUUUUAUUUUCAUCUCAAACCCGUUCCUUCCUGGCUCACAACGUCACUGGGUGAAACAGUGUCUCAAAGUAUAUCCUCAGAAACCUAACAUCUGCAAUUUAGACAUGCAUAUGUCGCCAACGGACACAGACAAUUUGUGGGAGAAAAGCAGAGAUCAAAUAAGGCAAAAGUGUGCUGCAAAAAGAGAACCUAAAAGUCUGCUGGAGAAGCUUCGCUGGGUGACUAAUGGGUAUCAUUAUAACUGGGACACCAAGACGUACUCUGCGGAUCACUACACCCCAUUCCCCUCAGACCUAAAUGCACUGUCUGAAGGAGUUGCAGCAGCUUGUGGCUUCCAAAACUUCAAAGCAGAGGCUGGGAUCCUGAACUACUAUCACUUUGAUUCUUCUCUUGGAAUUCAUGUUGAUGAAUCAGAGCUGGACCACUCUCGGCCACUGUUAUCAUUCAGUUUUGGCCAAUCGGCUGUCUUCCUGCUGGGUGGCUUGAGGAGGGAAGAUCCAGCCACUCCUAUGUUUAUGCACAGUGGAGACAUCAUGGUUAUGUCUGGGUCGAGUCGGCUCCUGUAUCAUGCAGUUCCUAGAAUAGUCUCCAGUCCCGACAAGCAGGCUGUGCCUCAAUGCCUGGUUCAAGAACUUGCAGAUGAUACUCCAGAGGACACUGUUGUACAAAAUGUUUCUGAAGAGGACUGGGCAGUCUGUGCAAAGUAUAUUCAGACCUCUCGAAUCAAUAUGACUGUGAGACAGGUACUAGGACUGGGAGAGGCUUUCCCAACGGAGCCUGAUAAUGAAAACACUGUUGACAUCCAGCCAGGCACUUAUCACGAAGGAAGCUCAGACAGUGAAGAAAGUAAUGUUAAACGAAAAAAGCAAUAACUCUGAACAAUGUGGACACUUGAAUUAGGAUAAUAACUUAUCCCAGAGGCCCUGCUUUGAAAUGUUUACUGUUACAUCAUAUUAAAUGAUGCCACGAAAAUUGUCAUCUCGUUACGCAUAAGCACAAGAUUAUUUGUCUCAGAAUGUCAUUCUGACCUGAUGCCAAUGAUCCUAUGUACUUUACAGUCCCUGCAUAAUACUGCAUACUCUCAGAUUGUGGGGGGUCAGUGCUAUCUGGACCACCUAACUAAUGUACAUUGGUUUGAGCUCUGCUGCUUGUGAUUAAGAACCACAGUAGUGUGUGAUUUGAGUGGCCAAAUAUUAACUAUGCAUUCCUUUGAACACUCAGUCAUAAUCAUAAGAUAUUCAGUAGUACUAAUAGAAACUUGUUUAUAACAUUAUGCAAAUGUUUUGACGAGAAUCCAGUUUAUUUUUAGUUUUACAGAAUAUUACAUUAUUUCAAACCUAUUCACAUUAUCGAACAUCUUGCUAUAAGACCGUGGUUUUAAAGUCACGAUUCCCAUCUUUCAAAAGCUACAGUAAAAAUGCCAUGGGUAAGGAAAUGACUGCUAAUGUGAAUUAUUUUAGUUUCCUUCUAAAGUUUACAAUUAUUUUUUAACUAAUGGUAAACAUAUUUCUGUUUUAGCAAACUAUUGAUUCAGCACCUACCAAAUCCCCUCAGACUUGCAAGACAAUGUAGCAGUAAUUUGCAUAAUGAUCAAAUGGCUGUUAAGCUAAUUUCUGCUUGCUUCUGCAAGUGUUUUUUGUAAUACUUGGUAUGCAUUGGAAAUCCCAGGGGCUCUAUCUCUCUCAUUUAUUUACUCUGGAUUAAAGACCAGAUUAUUUUUGCUACAAUGUCCUUAUGUAUUUAAUAUUGCUCCUUAUCAAGGACUGACAGUGUGUUUGGAGGUUCCUUUUUAUUAAAAAUUAAAGGGAGUCUGGUAGAUUUA